GAAGAUAUCCUCGAAAAAGUACAUCAAUCUUUAACGAAGUGAAAGCACGAUAUUUCAUGGCACAUCGUUUUUCCUUCCUCUUUUCGAAGCCUUAGCCGAUGACUCUUCGAAGAGUCACUUUACAUUUUUUUUUUUAUUUAUUCCAUUCAGGUGCGCAAUAGUCUGGACAUGGUACCGACAUUAGAAGGAGUCGAAUGUUUGGAAUCUCAUGUAAAAUCAAUUUCCAAAGUGUUAGAGGCCUUGCCGACUGGUAUCAUAUCCAGGAAGCUCGAAGUUCUCUCCUGUAUCGUUAAAAAUGGAAAUCCCGCUCUGAUGUACUGUCGGCAGCCUUUAAUAGGGUCAACUGAAAAGAAAUCAAUUCCCGAGAUGGUCAGUGAGUUUUUCAAACGCCACGAAGACUCGAAGAAUCGGCUGUGUCCUUCCCUGAGGAUUUGCUACUUUUGCCGGAGUGCCAUCAGCAAUGCAAAUCGUCACUGGGAAUUAUUCUGCUGCGAAGACGCCAAACAUUUGCACCGAUUGUGGAAGAGAUGGACCUUGAAGAGCUCGACCGGAAACGCUCGUUUUGGAGAGAGAGUAAUGCAACCUUGUAAUGUACUUUAUGAUAACGAAGAAGACGAUUCCAAUGGAGAUAACAGGAGGAUCGAAUGUAAUUACCGGGGAUCUGAACGAGAGAGACACGAUCUUAAUGGAAAUCGGAAUCGCGGUUUGAGCUUGAAGAAAGAAAAACUUUUCGCCGUGGGUCCACGUGUCGAGAAUAAAGGAACAUUCGGAAAAGUCAGGACUAAACGAUUACACGAUGACGAUAACAGGAUGCCUUGGAGUGAAGCUAUCAACGACGUUGACAAGGGAAACGGUAAGAUGGCUUCGUCGAGCAGAAGCACAGGGACGAGGGAAGCGAUCGGCGAUGGGAAUCCCGGAUUUGAAAAGUCAAAAGCAAGAAGCAGACAACGUGAGGUCGACGACGAGCGUCCCCAUACCGUGAACUCGAUCCACUAUCAGUUAUCAAACGACCUUUUCGUAAAGCUAGGGUGGACCGUCCUGCCGACGGAGAAGACGAUGAUAAGAGUCGUCCAAUAUCAGGCGUACCUGUCGAAGCCGCACAUGAAUUGGUUCAGGAGAUAUGCAAAUCUCGGUAAGCGGUACUACGACGACGGAGUCGGGACUUUCCUGCACUUUCGCGAAGACGGAUCCGGCGAGGUCUUCUAUCCGAACGGGAAGACAGCCGUGAAGGUGUCAACCCCCAAGGGACGAUGCUGUAAUUAGCCGAUGAUUCUUCGUUAACUAUUUAUGAAGUCUUCCCAGCUAGAAGUGAAAAUUCUAAUCGAUUUUAAGACGAU